CAGGGCUCCCUCAGGGCCCCCUCAGGGCCCGCAGCCAUCUUGGGCGCUGCCGGCGAUGCGGCGGGCGCGGCCCGCGCUGCCGCUGCCGCUGCUGCUGCUGCUGCUCGCGGGGCCCCUGCCCGGGGCCGCGGCCCCCACGGACCCCGCGGACGAGUGCCAGCAGCAGCUGCCCCUGGCCCGGAGCGCGGCGUCCUGGAUCGUGGGGGGCCACGAGGCGCCCGAGGGCGCGUGGCCGUGGGUGGUGAGCCUGCAGGUGCUGCGCGGCGGCGUGCGCUUCACGCACCUGUGCGGCGGCGUGCUGCUGGGCCGGAGAGCCGUGCUGACCGCCGGCCACUGCGUGGACGGCAGGACGGACCCGUGUGCCUGGCGAGCCGUCCUGGGCGUGCACAACCUGCACAAGCACGGCCCGCACACGGCGCGGAGGAGGAUCCGCAGGAUCACGGUGCACUCGCAGUUCCGCAGGGACACCUUCGACAACGACGUGGCCGUGUUCGAGCUGAGGUCGGCCGUGCGCUACAGCCUCUACAUCCAGCCCUCGUGCCUGCCCCCCGGCGCCCUGCUGCAGGGCCUGGAGAACAGCUCCGACUGCUACAUCAGCGGCUGGGGACGCACGGCCGAGAAGGGUAAAACCUCACCUGUGCUGAAGCAAGCCCACGUGGGGAUCCUCCCUCCCAGCCUGUGCAACAGCUCCGAGGGCUACGCGGGGCUGAUGAACAACAGAACGCUCUGCGCCGGCGCCUGGGCCGGGGGCACCGACACCUGCCAGGGUGACAGCGGGGGCCCCCUGGUGUGUUACCACCCCGACACCGACAGGUUCUACCUGGUGGGCAUCGCCAGCUUCGGCGUGGGCUGCGGCCGCCCCAGGUACCCCGGGAUCUACGUGCGCCUGUCGCAGUACAGAACGUGGAUAAAAACAAAACUCCUGCAGACCAACAGCACCCACAGCCCCGGGAGCACCACACUCACCCUCCUGCUGGCCCUGGCGCUGGCACGGGCGCUGUAGGGGACAAACCAUCGUGGGUGGAGUCCUCGUGGAGGUCUCGGUCCUGCCUGGAAAAGGUUUGGAAAAAAGCAGCUCCCUCCUGACUCCCAAUAAAUCCAAGAGCCAAAGGAUGUGCACUUACUUUUUAGGAGUUGUGUUUGCCAUUGUGGUUUUUUUUGUUUACUGCCUCUGAUAUCCAGCAUUGACAGGAGA